CAAUAUAUGAUUGCAAAAUGAACGACCAAUUAAACAAAGGAGGUACAGAUGGUGAUUGGAUAAUAACAAGUGGUUCACAACACACAUCUGCUGAAGAGUGCAAACAAUAUUGUCUGCAAACUAAAAUUUGUGUAGCUGUUCAUUAUGAGUAUGAACACAAGUAUUGUUUUGUUUACAACAGGACAACAAGACUAACUCAGCGAGAUAAUGCAAUUUAUUCAAAAAAAGAUUGUGUGGACACUCAAAAAUUGAGUAUUAGGUGUUAUCCCCCAGAAUCAACAAUCAUAACAAGCCAGCUUACUACUACAGAGGACACUUUCACAACAAAAGUAGAAAAAGUAACAAAACCGAUCAGCGAUAACCAAGUGACAAUUUUCACCACAAAGUCAACUAUCGAAGAAAUGGAGAAAAUUAUCAAAGAUACAUCACCUUCCUUUUUGGUGGCAUUAGUUUUUGCUAUUAUGGGUUGUACCGUUGCUCUCAUCUUUGCUGGUACAACUUUAUUUUACAAAAGACAAUUGCUUACACAGAAAAGUCCCUUAGCACCAAGCGUUAAUUAUGUUGACCUUAGUGUAGCGAGGGAAGUUUCUGCUUACAGUGCUAUCAAUACUCAAGUUGUGAAUGAACAGUAUGAGACAGUCAAUGCAAGAACAUGAAUCCGUUCAUUAUCGUGAUAACAUCGUGAUCCUAUACAACAUUACUUAUCACAUAUAUCGAUUCAUUUAUUUGUAAAUAAUGGAAGAUUGGACAUUAAAAGAAACACAAUAUUUAACUACUUUAUCGAAUUUUUUCGAAAAGACUUGACUUUAUGAUAAUUUACGAGCAAUACAUAGACUAUGUUCAAAGAAAUUCAAAAAGUUACUAAAGAUACCAGCAUCGAGGACGAAUUCGGAUAUUUAACAACAAUGAAUGGUGUAAAAGAAACAUCACUGUUAAAGAAAGCAAAAUUAACAAAAGAAAAAGAAAACUCGAUUUUUUUUCAAAAAUGUUUGUGUAGAGUUCCCGUGUAUACCGGGAAUUUCUGCAUUUUACAAAAUAUUGACAAGUUGCAAUAGAAUAGAGAAAGUAAACGGAAAAUAUUUCAAGUCGACAACAAACAACCCGACCAAAGAGCAAAGCAAAUUUCCAGGCCAAUGCCAUCAAUGGGUCUUGAACAAAGCUAAGAAACUCUCCGUAUACAUCAAUAGUUUCAUUUUAACACGCACCACAAUUGACACACACAGGCCGGCCCAGUUACCAUUUCAAAAUUA